AUGCGAGCGGCAGUUGUAGAAACGUUGGGGAAACCACCUGUCUACGGUACCUUUCAGGAACCGCAAGCUCUGGAGAAUGAAGAGGUUGUUGAGGUUUUGACAGCCGGCAUCAAACAGCUUGAACGUAGUGCUGUCGCUGGCGUCCAUUACUCCAGCCCUAAGAAAUUGCCAAUCGUACCUGGUAUUGACGGCGUUGGUCGUACAAAGGACGGCAAACGAGUGUUCUUUGCUUCAUUCCGUCGUCCUUAUGGCGCAAUGGCAGAGCGUAGCGUCGCUUCUUGGACCGUGCCAGUACCCGAUGGGGUAGAUGACGCCACCGCUGCAGCUCUGAUCAAUCCAGCCUUUGCCGCCUGGCUGCCGUUACACUGGCGCGCUGAGAUGCAGCCUGGUGAAACUGUGCUGAUUAUCGGUGCCACCAGUGCCUCAGGCAAGCUGGCAGUUACUGCUGCACGUCAGGCCAAGGCCGGGCGGAUCGUCGCCGCUGGACGUAGGCUAGAGGUGCUGGAAAAACUGGAUGUGGAUGCCAUAGUGGACCUGAAGUUGGAGGGCGAUGAAUUGAAGCAGGCCUUUGCCGAUGCAGCUGGGCCUGGCGGCUAUCAGGUGAUUGUCGACUAUAUCUGGGGCCCUGCGACUGAAGCACUCCUUGCCACGCUGAACAAUCACGACCUUUCUUCGCACGCUGGGGGACGCGGUAUUCGCUUGGUCAACGUCGGAUCUAUGUCGUCGCCAACUAUUACUUUGCCUGCAGGGGUGUUACGCAGUAGUCAGUUGCAAAUCCUUGGUAGUGGCACUGGCAAUUUCCCGCCCGUCCCAGAGAUGCAGCGGUACGUGAAGGACAUCUUGGAUAUGGCAGCAAAGGGAGUGCUCACCAUUGAAACUCAAGAGCACCCGCUGGCUGAGAUUUCCGAGGUGUGGGAUUUGAACAAAGUGGGUGAUGUACGCUCGGUGAUGCGCAUUUCUCAUUAA